AUGAAAGCCUCAGCUGAGAGCCAUGCUUCUGCGUCAAGUUAUAACUGCUUACUUUUAUGUCCUCAGAAGUCUUGCAAGGAUUUUUCCCCCCAAAGAAGUCAGGUCUACAAAUCCGAGAAUCAAACGAUAUCCAGCUACGCUGCAAGAUCACCGAAGGCCAGGACACAGGAAGGCCAGAGCGCUUCACCCAGUUCUGGAAGUCAGACCCGGCCUGGCCGGGGAGGAACUUUCGCAGAUGCCACCUCAGCACGGCCCUCCCACCGGCCACGAACGCCCGCGGGCGGGGACAGGCUUAAAGGGACAGUGCCCUGCUCGGCCUCUGCCUUUCAUCCAAAUUCGGUAUUUUUCCGUAAUGCAUUUUUCACCCGCGGACUCUGGGACGCAUCCAAGUUGUACGUGGGCCUGGACCCCGCCACCCGACGCGGCAGGUGGAGGUGCGGCGGCGGCGACGGAGGCCGGACCCCAGGCGAGGAGCCCGCGCGCUCAGGUCCGGUCGCCGCCGCGCCACCCCCGGCCCAGCCCCUAACCGCAGGGCCAGCGCGGCUGAGCGGGGGAGGGGCCGCCGCCCACGUCACCAACCUGGCCAGGUCGCACCCCUCCCCCACCGGCAGCCCGGCCCCGCACGCAGCGCCGGCCGCGCGGCGGACUUGGGAAAGUUUCAGUGCCCCGGCCCGGCGGCCAUGCGCAGUGACACGUAGCGGUCCCCGCCCGCCACGCUGCAGGAGACGGGUCUCGUCGGAGCCCCGGCGGCGCCCCGGGCCCGGCCGCCCCCGCCCUGCCCUGCCCGCCCGCGGCCCGCGCUCCCCAGCCGCCUGCUCCUCACUCGUGGGUCUUGCCGGCCGCCGCCGCGCGCGAGAAGCCGGGACGCUCCGAGGCGCGGCGCCCGGACCGCCGCAGCUAUAUAGGGCGGCGGCUCCAAUCCCGCCGAGACACGUCAGACUGGCCGCCCGCCCCGCCCGCCGCCGACGCCCGCCGCGGGGUCCGCGGAGCGCCCGGGAGCCGGCCAACUCCGCCAGUGUGCAGCUCGACCCAGCUCCAAAAGUUGGGUCUCUUAUCCCGAGGGCAGGGGGCAGGCCCCUCACGAGCCGAGGCCACCCAGCAACACUGAGCUCCGCAAGAGAAAAGCGAUCUCUGAGGAGUCUCUGCAAAGGGCCCGCAAAACCAUCUGCACCCUUCCUGGCUGAACGGAGAGCCGGCUUCAGCCUAGCAACACCCUCAGGCGGAGCACAUCUCAGUCCCUCAAGGUUCGGUUCACAUCUCACCCCAGCUCCAACCCGCAGCCUUCAACUUCCUCUCUUCCAAAAUGUAAAAACCUCUACCCUCCUGCACACACGUUCACAAGAUGGGGCGUACUUGUGUGCCCCCGCUGUAGAUACCGAGGGAGAGCACAAACCUUGCUCUGAGCAGCCUUCCUCCCCAGGCCAGCUCUAUAUCCAGUGUGUCUACUAG